AUGUCUGACGUAGCAAGUGAAACAACAGCAGCAAAAAUGACAUUAAAAAAUGUGAAUCCAAUCAAAGAUUUUCUGGCUGGUGGUGUUGGUGGUGCUUGUCUUGUUAUUACAGGUCAUCCAUUAGAUACAAUUAAAGUUCGAUUACAAACACAACCAAAACCACAACCUGGACAGGUACCAUUAUAUAGAGGAACUUGGGAUUGUGCAAAAAAAACUGUUGUAAAAGAAGGUUUUACUGGUUUAUAUAAAGGCAUGGGUGCACCACUUGUGGGUGUUACACCCAUGUUUGCUAUUUGUUUUUUUGGAUAUGGUAUUGGAAAAAAAUUACAAACACCAUCUGCUGCAAAUGGUGAUUAUACUUUAUCACAAAUAUUUGCGGCUGGUAUGUUGUCUGGAGUUUUUACAACUGUGAUAAUGGCACCGGGUGAAAGAAUUAAAUGUUUGUUACAAAUCCAACAUUCGGGUCAUGAACAUAAAUAUAAUGGACCGGUAGAUUGUGCUAAACAAUUAUAUAGAGAAGGUGGCAUUCGAAGUAUCUAUCGAGGAACAGCUUUAACACUAAUGAGAGAUGUACCUGCAUCAGGUAUUUAUUUUGCUUCAUACGAAUUCUUAAAGAGAUCAUUGACACCUGAAGGACGUUCAACUAGUGAAUUGAGUGCAUUGAAAACAUUAUUUGCUGGUGGAAUGGCUGGUAUGUGUAACUGGGUUGUAGCCAUUCCUCCUGAUGUACUUAAAUCACGAUUUCAAACAGCUCCAGCAGGCAAAUAUGCGGGUAUAGCUGAUGUUUUACGAGAACUAAUACGUACAGAAGGCAUUGGAUCACUUUAUAAAGGCAUUGUACCUGUUAUGCUACGAGCUUUUCCAGCUAAUGCUGCAUGUUUUCUUGGUUAUGAAUUAACAAUCAAAUUUCUUAAUCGUAUAUGGCCAAAUUGGUGA